CUUGUCAACCUGCUUUCUAUGCAAGAGUUACUUUCCGCAUAGCAAUCUGAGCAAUGACGACGCCAGACCGGGAUUGAGUCGGAAAUCGUCUUGUUUAAUGCGUCUUAUUUUUCACUUCGUUGUCAAUUAGACUUUCUUGUGGCCGUCCAUCAUCCACCCCGGCCGCGUACCCAUUUUCUCGGUCGGAGAGAAAGGUUCUCAGUACAGCAGCAAUGAUCGAAUUGAGGCCCGAGUGAACUAGUGGCUUGACAAGUAGCGCUUCUUUGUCUUAUUUUGGUUACACAAUUUCGGCGGCAGAAUUAAAGAGUACGAAUGCCUAUUGCAUGAUGCUCUCGAGGGACUCGUGACAUCUUCAAGCCCGUAACCUGGCGCUGAAGGACAAUGACUGAAAGUUCGCUGUCGUGAUUUGAGUUCUUCUAGGGGUGAGACCCUUCGGAAGACACCGUAUUAGGGUUACAUACGAGAAGCGUUGGUGAUAUUGUAGACACUAUAUUCUGAAGACCAUAGAUAUCUGUGCAUUGUGCAAGCCCUGUUCUUCCAGCUCAUGUCGCAUCACCCGCUGAUCUUACACUCCCAACGAUCGAUUGUUGUAAUCUGUAUCAUUGCGGUUUCGCCUUUUUAUACCGCCGUUCACCGUCGACAGUUUCACGUGGAACGACAGUGUUACAAGCGAACAUCACUUCGAUCUUCCGGGACCAUCCAGCAGAGAUUUACACUCGAGAAAACACUCAUGAGUUCGGCUUCCGAGGUUUUAGCUUUCGUCGCCGCAAUGGAUGCCGCCUUACUUCCAUGCCUUCCCGCGAGAGAGCUCCAAGCAGCAGAUCGCUCUUCUCAUCCAUCACUCCAUGUCGACGUAGAAAGGCACACGAGGGAUUUUAUGGAGGCUGCAAAUAAACUCCAACUCUUCUUCCUCCGUGUUGGGCAUCAAUUCCAGCCCAGCAGAGAGCAGGUUUUGAAGGAGGAGAUUUUAGGCUUGGAAGCAGAAAUUGCUGCAAAGGAUGAGCUCGUGGAUCGACAUCUCAAGCUUGUCCAGAAAUCCCAGCAACUACUAGCAACUCACAAAGGAAGUUGCAUCUCGGAGCUUCAAAAUGUUUAGGGAUUGAGUGUACAUAGUGAGCUGAAGCAAAAUUAAGUGUGAAGAUAAUGAAAGAGUAUACGCCCGCGUAGAACGGUAGGUAGCAUCGUGUACUGAAUGGCGUCAAUUUUUGCUCCGAAAGAAAUUUGAAAAUCACAUACAGAAGAAGAGGUAAAUAUCUACUCGUGUUCAUCAUCCUAGUUUGUAUAGUAACAUUUGGAGCCUUAACUAUCAUCUCCUACCUGAUGUUUUCUGUACUCACAACUAAGUUUCAAAAAGCAGAAAUGUAUGCCCUGAAGAAAUCUCCCUAAACCCUAAGGCCCCCACUUAGCGAUGUAUUGGGAUGGUAUAGGGCCUAGUGUAAGGGAUUAGUUGAAGUGUAAACAGUUGAUUGAGGUCGAAGUGGGUCGAAAAGAAACAGUAAAAAUCGAAAUAAGUAUUUUCGGAGGUUUGUGAUGUAACAGGGAUUGUGUAAUGAGAUUGCUAUAAACUACCAGAGUUGACG